AUGCACAAAUUACAAAACACCCUCAAAUUUGCAUCUUGCUUGAAGAAGCAACAUUUUCAGAGUUAUCAAUUGCUGAAAACGAGAGGAUGGAGAAGAAACAUGUCCGGGACUAUACCAAGAAUAAUAGAUCACAAGGAAAUUGAUGAUAGUGAUUGGAAGAGUUUAUUCCAGAAGGAACCUUCUGCAUUCACCAAGCUUCAUUCAGGAAUGAAGAGUGAUGGUUUGAUUUACAUGAUUGGAUUGAGAGGUGGAAAUGAUAAUAAUUUAGCAAUUACAGGUAGAAGUAGGGAGUUCUUUGAUAUUGACAAUAGAGGAUUCGUAUUGCUAUCUGAAAUAUCUGAUUCCACCAAUCAAAAAGCAAAAGUCUUUUCAAGAGAGGAGAUACCGUUCAAAUUGGAAAAUCUUCGUGAAACUGACACUUCACUUCAAGAGGUAUAUCUCAGUAUGGACAAUGAUGUUGGUUUUACAAUAGAUAUCCUGGCCUUUGAUGUAUACGAAUCAGUAGAAUCUAUUCAGGUCUUUUAUUUCAAUGAAAAUUCUAAACAAGCCAUUAUUAAUUCUAUUGAAAAAUAUAAGGCAGAAAUACAAGAGGUUGUCAAUCAAGGAUUCAAAAGUGAUGGAUUAAUUCCUAGAGAUGCAUUCUACUCGCAGGGAUAUCCACACAAGUUUAUUGAAUUGUUGCAAAAUAGAGUUCAAUAUCAUAGAGUUUCGAAUUUUUAUCAAUUGCCAAUUCCACCAAUCUAUGAAAAGAGCAAACAAUCGAACAGAAAUCAUUUGAUUAUUUGUGGAUUGUUGAUGAUUUUUCUACUGUUCCAAGUAAAAAAAGAGUUUUCAACAAAAUGA